CUUAGCAACCAGACUCCGACGCCUGGACACAGACUGAUGACAAACACUGCUGAACUCAGAUGGGCAUGAGAGUUUUGGAGCAGAAGUCCGCCGGUGCAAUUCAUCCUGGAAGAUCUGUGUUAAUUGUAUUCGCCUUGCAAGCUUGAAAUUAACAUAUUUAUUUAAGUUAAUACAGCUAUUUGUUGCACUUAAAUGACGUGAGUUUAUAGUUCCAGGAUCUGCGCCACGCCUUGCUAGGUAGUAGCACAACUUUAGCAUGAAUGUGAGGCAACAUUUAGCCCAGCACAGUUUAGUGUUUUUACUCACCAACCUCAGUUAUAAUUCACAGGUAGCUCCCAGCAAGCUAACUGUCAUGGCUGUUCCUAGAAGAAUUUUCCAAGACUAUCAAUAGAGUAAAGCAAAUAUAGUGCACUGUAGUAGCAAAUAAAGUGUUUCGACUCAGCUGCGGUAUAUUUAAGGACAGAAACGAUAUGAUACAUAGUGAGAAACAAAAGGACCGCGGUGACGAGGAGGUGGUCAAAGAACUGUGCAUGGUCAAUGGAGUGUCCUAUGAAAAAAUUGCACAAGAAGGAAGCAACGUCAGCUGCCUGGAGAUUUUCUUCUCUGGGUUUCCACGCAUGGUUGGCCUUUCCUUCUUCCCAAGGCUCUGUCAGCUUACCAUAGUGGGCCAGAACAUAAAAAACAUUGAAGGUCUGGGGUGCUGUCCUCUGCUCCGGGAGCUCUGGGUCGUCCAGUGCCAUCUGACAGGAAUAUCUGGACUACAGAAUUGUGUACAACUACAGAAACUCUACCUUUAUGAUAAUCAAAUCUGUGAAAUAAAGAAUUUAGAAUUGCAGAUCAACCUAGAAGUCCUGUGGCUCAACAAUAACUGCAUAAGUCACAUACAGGGCUUGAACACGCUUAAAAACCUCAAAGAACUAAGCCUUGCUGACAACAUUAUUGAAAAGAUCGGGCAUAGCCUUGAUCCUAAUGUCAACCUUCUGGAUCUUAAUCUGUCAGGGAACAGGAUCAGCUCCUUUAAGGAGCUGACCCUGCUUGCCUGUUUACCCCGUCUGAGAGUACUGGCACUGAAUGAUCCCACGUCAACCCCAAACCCAGUGUGUCUGCUGUGUAACUAUGCCACACACGUUCUUUACCACAUGCCAGGCCUCCAGCGACUUGACACCUAUGACGUCUCAAGCAAGCAUGUCAAGGAAGCAGCUGAGUUCACAGUAAUGAAGAAAAUUAUGUACUACAACAUGCGUGUACGUGCUGCUCAAAGGAACCUGGCACAGGCCCGGGUCAGUCUGAUGGAGAGGAAGAAAACUCUGCUACGGUUACCUGAAGAAUGUAUCAGGACACUCAGUCAUGCCCUCAAAAAUCUUGAACGUGAACUCUCCAAGGUGCUGGCUGGAUUUAAGAUGUCCACUUGCACGUUGGAGGAUGAACUAGAAGGACCAACCCAGUUGGUGGAAGUUUCGUCUGAUGGAUGUGAUCCAACCACUGACAUCAGUUGUGAUCCCAGCAUGGAGCCCAAAAUACUCAUCAAGAUGGAAUCACUGAGGGAGAGACUGGCACCAUGGACGAGGAGGCUAGAAGAGAUUGAAGCCUGUUAUGAGCGGGAUUUGGCCCAAGCCACAAACAUGAUGGAACAUACAGUCCAGUUUCUGUUAAUGGAGCUAGAAAGUGUUGGAAAUAUUCGUUUGGAGGAGGGCUGCUCCACUGACCCUUGGUUUACUUCCUGUUGCGACCUCCUGCGUUCCCGCUUCUCUCAUUCAGACUACAAGGUUCAUGGCAUCACUGGCAUUAAGAUCAAUCGUGUUAUCCGCAUCUACAACAGUGCUUUGAGGCUUCGCUUUGAGGACAAACUUCAUAACCUGCUAGCCAGAGAAGACACUGUUACAUUUUCAAACAGGAAUUACAGACGUCGGCUGGACCACUUGUUCUACGGAGCUGACCCUGAAAACAAGAGUGAAAAGGAAGAAAUUUUAUGCAUUCUGGAGGAGGGCUUUAAAACUGCAGAACAGUAUAAGGCCUUGGGGAGAGAGGGUGCCAUACCCUUAUCCAACAGCCUGAGUGUGACCGAACAGCCCAGAAUUGAACACACUCUGCGCCAGGCCAGCCAGUGUGAUUCUAAGAAUAGUAUGGAUAUAGUCCCAUUCAGGCAUGGUCAGAUUAUUAUCUCCAAAGUGUUCGUGGGUCACAGCAUGCCUAUCCGAGAGGGAGAACCAGUUGAUAGAAGUAACCAUCCCAGAGUCUACUCUGUAUAUCGCAAUGUGGACACCCAUCACAGAACUGCAAUGAGUGGAGAGAGACCACUCACCUCCAAAGCACACACUGGUCCUGAGUGCAGCCCCAGACGAAGACAGUGGUUUGUGUUUGACCAUGAACUAGUCUUGCCUGAGUACAUCAUAUAUUUUGAAUACAUAACCGGGAACCAAGAACAACCUGCAUUGCCGGGUCGCAGAACAGACAGAGAUGAAACUCCGUCCAAUGAUGUCAUCCUGGACAAGGAAGUCCUCAACAUGGAACCUGUGUUAAAAGCACAACCCAAGUUGUUGAGCUUGGAUGACAAAAUUCUGCUUAAUGUGGCCAGAGCCAAUGUCCUGAGUCAGAUCACUGUACUGAACCUUCAUGGCAACAGUCUGAGCAAGAUAAAGGAGAUUUCCCGCCUAUUGGCUCUGCGGCAUCUUACCAUCAGCUUCAAUGAGUUCACGCGCCUUGAUGACAUUUCUCACAUGCCCAACCUUGAGUUUUUGGAUGCUAGCCAUAACAACCUGGUGACCCUAGAAGGGCUGCGGGGGUUGGAACAACUCAAACAGCUCGAUGUGCGCUGGAACAAGUUGACCAAAGCCAGAGAAGAUACGGCAGUGCUAGGAAAACAUACGCCUGCACUUCUGAAGCUUGACACCCGAUACAACCCCUGGAACAGGUCGGAGGCAGUCAGAAUGACCAUACUGGGACGUCUAACAACACUCACACACCUGGACGAUAUGAUGGUGGCAGAGGAGGAGGCUGCUGAUGCUGUUCACAUGGCUGCUGGGUCCAAAAUUAACCAGGCAUCUCUUCUGGCUCACUCACGUAAAAACAGUGAUCGUCCCCGUAGUCUCAGCCUGCUGUCAACACCCCAGCUACUAUGUCUUCUCAAUCCAGCACCCUGGGGGCUCAGCCAAGAGCUGGAGCCAGACUGGACUACCAAGAUCACAGCCCUGAACCUUGACGGUCAGAGGAUUUCAAAGCUGAUCAAUCUGAAUAAGCUGGUUAACCUGCGCUGGGCCUCUUUUAAUGACAAUGACAUCUCUAAAGUGGAGGGACUGGACAGCUGCCUGAAGUUGGAAGAACUUUCCCUAAACAACAAUAGCAUCAGCACACUCAGUGGCCUGUCAAAACUGCAUUACCUAAAUAAACUGACUGUAGAUGGGAAUAAGCUCUCUAGUUUGGAUGCUUCAGUCCUAGAUCAGCUGCCCAACCUGUCCUUUCUGUCUGUGGAGAACAACUGUAUCAGUUCCCUGCAUGGCAUCCAGAGGGUUCACUCCCUUCUUGAACUCUACAUUGGCAACAACCAGAUUUCUACAUCACGAGACCUCUACUAUCUAAAGAGACUGACGAUCCUCAUCAUUCUGGAUCUUUAUGGGAAUCCUUUAGUGGAGAAACUGGAAAACUAUCGGAUAUAUGUGGUGUUCCACCUGCCCUCCCUGAAAGCACUGGAUGGGAUCACAGUCGAAGUAACUGAGUGUGAAAGUGCAAAAGAUAUGUUUGGAGGAAGACUAACCCCUGACAUGGUAACAGAGAAGCUGGGCCACUCUAACUACACAGACAUCACCUACCUCACCCUGCAGUCCUGCUCCAUUAGGAUGGUUGAUUUGUCUCCAGCAGACCUGUUCAGUAGCGUGUGUAGUGUCAACUUAGACCGCAACAACCUCACCUCUUUCUCGGGCCUCAUUUACCUGCCCAACAUCAAAGUUCUGUGUCUGAACUACAACCACAUUGAAUCCAUCUUGCCCAGACAGAAGACUCAGACUCAUCUGACAAACAGACAGAUACUCUACAGCAAAGUCCACUCCAGUGGUUAUGGUCAACAGAGCACAUCCAAAGGCAACAGGGAAACUGGGCCCACUGGCAGCCCGGAGCCACUUAUGGGCAGCCUGGAGGUUCUGCAUUUGAGUCACAAUGGCAUCUCCAAUAUGGCCAAUCUGCAGCUCAGCAGGCUCACCAAUCUUAAAGUCCUCUUCCUUCAAGGUAAUGAGAUCAGCCAGGUGGAAGGAUUGGAAGGGCUUCACCAGCUCAGAGAGCUUGUGUUAAACAGGAACCGGAUCAAAGCUCUGGCUGAGAACUCUUUCAUAGCCCAGAACGUCCUACUAGAGCUGCACCUAGCAGAGAACCGGAUCCGGGAGCUCAACCAUCUCGAUCCUCUGACUGAGCUCCGCAAGCUCUUUCUUGGCAUGAACAAGCUGCAGGACAUCACAGAGCUCAACAAACUAGAAGUGCUUCCUUCGCUGACGGAGCUCUCAGUUGUUGGCAAUCCUGUGGCCCGCAACUCUCUCCACAGACCCGCAGUAGUGCUCCAUCUGUCCCGAUUGCAGGUCCUGGAUGGAGUGAUGGUCACUCUGGAGGAAAGGACCAGGGCUGAACUCCUCAGUGGUGAUCCAUCAGUGAGAACUCCAUGUUCUCAGUGCCCUGGAGCUUCUUUUCCUACCGCUGAAAUAAACCUACCUGGACUGCUACCCGUCAUGCCUCAAAACCCCCCUCUAAAAGGAAUGAGUAUAAGUGGAGGACUGCAGAGCUUUAUGCAUGGGCACGAUAUCCUAUCAAGUAACAUGGACGAAGCCCAAUCUCAUUACACAUACAGGCGUGAGGACAAGAAGCACAAGCACAGUAAUGCUGCCCGAAGCGGCCAAACUGACAUCACCUUCAGACACAUUCGAAGAACAGGAAGAAACCUGCCAACCACAGGUCUCCUGUCUGAUGGGAGCAGAGUCAUCAAUACAUAUCACAACCAGGAGCAAGACAGCAGAUUCCCAAAUGGUGGUAGACCUCCACGCAUGUAACAGCCAGAAGAGGUGGAGUAUACACUGUCUUUCAGCAGGCAAUCCAAAAGUGAACACCUGUGAAAGACAUGACUCUGGUGUGGUGAUAUACAAUAGUAUUGUUACGCCCUGCCAGGACAUGCAGGACAUUAAAAUAUAUCUUUAUGGUGGUGUUUUUAGAUGUUUGCCUUAAUGUCUAUGAGCAUCUGCAUACCUUUGCAUAUUCAGUGAGGAAAAUGUCUGAACAUCCGGUAUUUCAAGUGCUUUUUGCUUUUGAACACAGCAAUAAAUAGCUUUCUAUAAACUUUAAAAAAAAUGCAAUUUACAUGUUACUAAAUCUGCUUCGCUGCCUUUGGAUCAAUGAAAAUAAGGCUACUUGAGAGGGGCAUGUAGUGCAUCCCUUUCAAACGCAUUUAUAAUGACUGAUUUUAUUUGCUAUCCAUAUAAGUGGAUCACUAACCAUGGUAAUCUCAGGAUGAGAGGUUUUGGUGUCAUUUCUACCACUAGCCCAUCCUUGGACCAAAACAAGUGAAAAAACACCCACAGAUGUACGGGCGUGUGAGGCUGGCCUGCUGUAUCCAUCGGGUCAAAUGCAUCCCCAACAAGUGGAUAAUCCAGCUUUAGCACACCUCUCUGUGGACAAUAAUCUGCAGUCACUCAGAUAAAGAUGUCAUCUUGAAUGAGGUCCAAAUUGAUUUUAGAGACUGUCAGUUUCAUCAUGUUAGCCUCUUUUCAGAAAGCUCACCACAGUUUCGGCUGUAAUAGGCAAAUCUCAUGUGUUGUGACUGAAAAUGAACCUACUCCACUUAUUAUUGAUGUUAGUUCUGCUGAACGUAAGAAUAUAAUCCCCUUGUCUUCCUGUCAGUUUAGCCUAGUAGUCCUAUAGUUAACAAAGAAACCAGUCAGAGCCUUAAAUGUGGAGGAUACAGUCUAUAUUAUGUUAUCUAAAACCUUUACAUUGUGGGACCUCUAAACUGAUAACUGUAUGAUGAAACCCUCCUAUUGAAAAGAUUAAGUAGAACAUCUAUUCCCAUCCAUCACCCUAAAUAUCAUAAAUAUUAGGAUCCAGAGAAAGAUGCAGACCUCUGUUACAUGUCUGAACAAUGUCUUGUAGAGUUAAAUUAUUGUUUUAUUUUACUUUAGACCCGUGCUUUAACGUAACUAGUACUCCUUAGAAAAGAUAGAAAUGAGUUGAGACCCGGUUUUUGGGAAGAUAUGGCCUCUGUUGUAAAUUAAACAGUAGCAAAAGAAAAAAAUUCAGCAUCAACAUUUUUUCAUAUUCCUUCCAACGACCUCAGCUUUGGAGUUUUUGAUUUUGUAUUGUUAGCCUGACCACUAGGUGUCCUUAAAGCUCCAUUAGCUUUCCCUUUAAGACACUGCCAAUCAGUCCUCUAUGAAUUCACCAGCUGCCUGUAGGUGGUAAUUUAUCAGUUGAAGGGGGAUACGUGUGUAUGCUUCAGAUUUGUGUUUGAUGCUGAACAUGCGAGGCAACAACAAGUUCUAGGCAGCAAAAGUGAAAAGCUCUCCCCUAAACAAGCUCCUCUAAUGCAUGUACUUAACUCCACUUAAUUUGUGUUAAUUCCCAGCAUUAAGCGGGGCUAAUGACUGUGCAAGUGAGUGCACUGUCAUUACUGUGCUCUGCCUGACAUCAAAUGGCAGCUGAUGGACUCAAAAGAAAAAAAAAGGAAACUCUAAUGCACGGAUUUGGGGGCUCAGUACUAGUACUCUCGUGCAUUAGGUAUUGCAGAGGAUAAUUACACAUUUUAUAUUUGUGUACAGGAUGUGCAGUAUGGAUAUGUUAGAAGUAUAACUGUUUUUAAUGCAAUUGAAUUUCAGAGUGUGGUGUAAGCUUAUUGUGAGCAUACCACUUCAUACAGUAUGUUUCUCUUUGCAUAUCUGUCAGUAUUUUUUACAUUAAAAUGACAUUAGCAUAAAGAUUGUGAAUAAUUCAUCAGUUCUGAGUGAACCCAGACGCACUGCUCUCUCUGUAUCUCUCUCUCUCUCUCUCUCCCUGCUCCUCCAUGUGAGUAGACCACAUGGUCCGUAGCUGGUUUAAUGGGAUGGAAUGUGACAGGUUAUGUUUUCAUCUGCCUGAUAUGGAGCCUGGCUCGGGCGGGAGGGAGAAAGAGAGACAGACAGAGAGAGGGAUGGAGAGGCAAAGUAGGUUGGUCUCCACAGUUGUAUUCUGGAUUCAUAAUUUGACAUGUUUGUUCUUGUUGUGAAUCAGUUAUAGAUGAUGCCCCUCCCCAUCCCCACCAACACACACACACACACACACACACACACACACACACACACACACACACACACACACACACACACAAAUACAUGCUCUGUAUGGGGCCAUUACUGCUGGUCCACUAACUCCCUACAUUUGCUGUGUCUGUGCAUUCAGAGCACCAUUAGUCCAAGACUCUGUGAAUAAUUGCUGAAUGGACCAUGUUUUCAGUGCUAUCUACUCAGGUUCCAGUGUUGGGGGUUGAUGUAGGGGGUGAAGUGAGAGGGAUGAGGACACUGAUUGCUGUUUGAUGCUGAAUAUAACACUGCAUGUUGUGCAAUGUUUAUCAAAGCCUUGUGCACAGUAUGUGCAAUGCAUGAACAACAUUACGGUCCACAUGCAUUACACAUUUACCAGCUUGUAUUAACUUCAGAAGUGCUUCAGGAGAGCUUACAAUUACAUCAACAUCAGCACUUGACUUGGAAUUGAUUUCGUAAAAAUGAAAUGUUCUCUCCACAUUUGACUGCUGAUGGCAACCAAAUGCAGGUCAUCAUCAAAAUAUAAAUUAUUUAGUUUUCAAGAAGUACAUAUUAUUUCCCUAGUUCAUUUUUCAUCCCCACAAAUACAUAUUCUAAUCAAAAACAAUCUUGCCAUAUUGCUUCUCUUGAAAUCUGUCAUUGAGUUACCGUUGUUGCUUGUCAUUUUCCUGUAAUUUGUUUCCUGUGAGGUUCCCUAGAAUAAAGAGCGAAUGGAGAGAAAGUGAAAAUACAGAUAAAAGAAUGGAGUGAGAGUGACAAUUAGAAUAGAAAGGAAAAUGCUUUUAUUUUGUGCAGACAUUUUGGUGAGAGCAACCGUCACAGA